AUGAAUAAUCUACUGUUGAAAAUCCUAGAUGAUAAUAACAAGGUAGUUGGCCAUAGUAAUUUCAAUGAUUGGCUGAGGAAACUGACAAUAAUAUUGAAUUCAGAAAACGCAGCUUAUGUUUUAGACACGCCCCUGCCUGAACCUCCUCCUUCUGAUGCUCCUUCUGAUGAGCAUAGCAAAUAUAAAAAAUGGAAGGAGGAUGAACUUAAAGCUUGCUCUUAUAUGAUGGCAUCAAUGAGUGACGAGCUCCAGAGAAAGUGUGAAAAGAUGAAAAGUGCUAAUGAAAUUUACCUCGCGUUACAAGGGUUGUACCGUGAGAAUUCGAGGAUAAGGCAAUAUGAAUUAAGUUCAACUUUAUUCAGAAUGAAGUUGAAAGAGGGUAUGUCACUAGAAGAACAUGUCAUGAAAAUGAUUAACAUUCUAGGGCAAUUACAUGCCAUGAGAAUUGAAAUGCCGGACACGCUCAAGGUGGAUUUAGUUCUCCAAUCUCUACCUCCAAGUUUCACACCUUUCAUCAAUAAUUAUCAUCUCAAUAGGAUUGAGAUGAAACUUCUUGAUUUGUUGAAUGAGAUGCAACAGUUUUAUGAUCAGAAAAGAAAAGGUAAAAGGCAGGAGGUUGUAAGUAUGACUUCUUCCAGUAAGACUAAAAAGAAAAAGCCAAUGAAAUCCCAAAAGAAUCUGGGAACAAAACCCAAAGGAAAGGGGUUUAAGAAAAAGGUUGCACCUCAAGCCAAUAAAUCAAAAGAAAAUGGUCAAUGCUUUUAG